AUGCUGCGUCACUCCGCGUCCUCAAUGCCCCUGGCGUGUCGGCAUGAUGGGCAACCUUUAGUGCCCUCAGCUUCCACGUUCAGCUGUUCUUCCUUGCUGGGUGCUCCGAUCGUCAGUGCAGUGGGCACUGCAAUUGUGGUUCACUUUGCCCAGUCCUUCAGAAGCGGCUACAACCGCCAAACAAACAGAAGGACAAGAAGGACGCUGCGAUGUGGUCCUCCACGCUGCGUAGAGUCCACCACCUGUGCCACAGAGGCUUGUUGUAAAAGUGGGUGCAAUGGAAGACUUUCCACUGCGAAGAAGGAAACGAAGUGCACAGAGGAGCACGACAACAGUCUUUGGCAGCCUCGAGGUAGCCUUGAAUUCGUUGCAAACCUUGUGGAGCUGCUUUUGCCUGGUUGGAUCAUUUCCAAGAUGGAGAAAAUCACCGAGAAGGAAACCUCCACAUCUUCUGGCCUGCCUGCGUUCAUUGAGCACUCCAAGGUGGUGACCAGCUGGGAGGUUCCAAGACAGCGCUCCUUUGGAGCUCACCUCCUGCGGCAGACGGUUCCAAAGCCUUUAGCUCGGCUCUUCCGCGCAAUCCUGAACUGGCUCAAGACUUGGCCCGAUCUUCACAAACGCGCAAUCAGGUUUGGUUCUGCUACAAUAGGGGCUGCGACUUCCCAUUGGCUCGUUGGCAAGUCCCGUAUUUUGUCAAAGGAGGAGGAGCAGACUCUGGUGCAGAAGCUACGGCAAGACGGAAUAGAUGUGGCACCUGAUGCUGUUAUGCUUCUUCAAAAGUGCAAAUUCAUUGAAGAAUGCGGUGGGUGCAAAGAUCUUUGCCUGAACGUUUGCAAAGCUGGCACCGAAGAAUACAUGACAACAGAAUUGGAUUUUCCUGUGCGCAUGAUGCCAAACUUCAAGGAUCAUAGCUGCACCAUCUUGUUGAUGGAGCAGCCAGUGCCACCCGAAGAAGAUCCACUCUUCAAACAGCCAUGUGGUGCUGAAGCUUGUGACAAGAAAUUUGCAAUGCCAAGAACUCCACGAAGCGUCUCACAAAAAGUGCAGCUGAGCUCUGCGAGACCACAAAAACAUCAAUAUCCAGCAUGCGCUCGUGAGUUGCCCUUGGCCAUCCUACAAGAUCGGAAGCUUUUAGGCGAAUUGUGGCGAGUUGGGCCAGGGCGAAUGGAAGUGCUGGCACGAGCUAUUGCGCGACGCACUGGCAGGAACAAAACAUCAUUCACAUGUUUGCAAUCUUUUUUUCUGCAUGGUCAGGGCUUUCACCUUAACACUUUGCUGAAGAUUGUGAUUACUCUUGACAACUCCGCAUUAGGACGCCCAUGCCAGAGGCAGGAGUUGAUGUAA